AUGGAAAGCCCAGCUAAGCGACGAAAGAAGAACAACUCCAAGCCGGCGGUCGUUCCACACCGCAGUCUCGACUUUUUUUUCCGGAAACACAACGAUCGACAAGAAGAAGCGAGUGAAGGCUCCGCAAAAGAUGGAGAUGCAGAGGAGCAACCCUCGGUGAAGGCCGAGGAUGACCAGGCGUCCUCUGAGCAACAACUUACGGAUGAAGAGUUGGCCAGGAAAUUGCAGGAAGAAUGGACAAGAGAAGACGAGCAACACUCCAGCGGUCAUGACAUUUCCAACGGCCACGCAUCGCCGAAGAAUGUCACGGACCGGGAGCACAAGGCGGAAGACGACGUGAGGGAUUUCGUCGCUGCUGCUCUCGAUCACCCUGCGCCUGAAUCGCAGCCUACACCGAACGGGAACAAGAAGGGAGUACUCGGUUUGCAGUCUACGACCACCGAGGAAGACACCAUCACCUUGACAUUACCGUUCGAUCAGAGUCCGUUGUCAUUUGACCCUUUGCAAUAUGUGUCAGAGCUGAAAAGACAUUGGACAGCAGACGGAGGCGGUGCUUCAUACGCUCUCCUUACCAGAUGCUUCGUCCUCGUCAACUCGACUCAAAGUCGGAUCCAGAUUGUCAACACUCUCGUCAACUGUUUGAGAGUCAUCAUUGAAGCUGACCCUGAGAGCCUUCUACCGGCCGUGUGGCUGGCUACGAACUCCAUCUCGCCACCGUACAUUUCCCUAGAGCUUGGCCUGGGCGGCUCUGCCAUCUCGAAAGCAUUGAAGAAGAUAUGCGGCCUCGAUGGCGCCGGACUGAAAAGCCUUUACGACAAGCAUGGCGACGCGGGAGACGUGGCAUUCGAAGCGAAAAAACGACAAAGCUUCACGCUGCGAAAGCCAAAGCCUCUCACUAUCAAGGGCGUCUAUCAAACGCUCGUCAAAAUCGCGAAUAGUAAAGGCCAGGGAAGCGUCGAACAAAAACAGAGGUUGGUUGAACGCUUAUUGCAAGAUGCUCGAGGCCCAGAGGAAAGCCGAUACGUUGUACGGACUCUUGUUCAGCAUCUGCGAAUUGGCGCCGUCAAGACGACUAUGUUAAUCGCCCUUGCGAGGGCUUUCCAACUCUCACGUCCCUCUGGGGCAGGUUUUGAGGUGAGAGCUCCUGCAGAGCUUGCGAAGCUCAAGAAAGAGGAACUGGCCGUUGUAUGGUCGAAAGCAGAGGAGAUGGUCAAGACCUGUUUCGCAAGACGUCCCAAUUACAACGACCUUGUUCCGGGUCUCCUCGAGGUUGGGGUCUCGGAGGAACUCCUGUUGCGUUGUGAUCUAGCUUUGCAUAUCCCUCUACGACCGAUGUUGGGCAGUAUUACGCGAGACUUGAGCGAGAUGCUCACCAAACUACAAGGCCGCGAUUUCAGCUGCGAGUUCAAAUAUGACGGCCAACGGGCGCAAGUCCAUUGUGACGAACGUGGAAAGGUCUCCAUCUUCUCUCGUCACCUCGAGGUGAUGACCGACAAGUACCCUGACUUGGUCGCCCUGGUUCCUGAGAUUCGUGGUGAUGGAGUAUCUAGCUUCAUUCUGGAGGGAGAAGUUGUCGCAGUGGACAGGGAUACGGGCGGACUCAAGACGUUCCAAACCCUCACCAAUCGCGCCAAGAAAGACGUGGACAUUGGCUCCAUUCAGAUUGACGUGUGCUUAUUUGCGUUCGACCUCAUGUACCUGAAUGGCGAGCCGCUGCUUGAUCGUCCAUUUCGUGAGCGGCGAGGCCUGUUACGCAGCAUGUUUGUCGAGAAAGAACAUCACUUUACAUGGGUUCAAAGCAUCGAUGCGACUUCGGCAGACUCGGAAACCGUUCUCGAGUUCUUUAAAUCUGCGACCGACUACAAAUGCGAAGGCAUCAUGGUUAAAGUCCUGGAUAAUCUUCCCAAUCCCGAUCUCCAGGUUCCCGACAACGACCACCGUCCCCUUGACGAGGAUGAUGAAGCCACUAGCGCCUCGGUGACCCCUAGCAAGAAGGGGAAGAGAUCAAGUAAGAAGGCACAAGCCGAGAAAGAUCAAGAAAAGGAGAAGGGUACCCGCCGCAAAGCUCUGCUUUCAACCUAUGAACCCGACAAGCGCCUGGACUCAUGGCUCAAAGUGAAAAAGGACUAUGCCACCUCGGCCGACACAAUUGACCUAGUCCCAGUAGCUGGCUGGCACGGCCAAGGCCGAAAAGCGAAAUGGUGGUCGCCGAUACUCCUGGCAUGUCGCAACCCCGAAACCGGUUCACUGGAAGUUGUCACAAAGUGCAUAUCAGGCUUCACCGACAAAUUCUACCAAGCGAAUAAAGAGAAAUACGCCGAAGGGGGCAACAACGUUCUGGGUUCAAAGCCAAGUUAUGUCGAGUACCGCGCGUACGAGCCGGACGUGUGGUUCGAGCCACAGGAGGUCUGGGAGAUGGCAUUCGCGGACAUCACGCUUAGUCCGACGUACACAGCUGCCAUAGGGCUUGUCAAUGAAGAUCGAGGCUUGAGCAUGAGGUUCCCGAGGUUCCUUAAGGUCCGAGAAGACAAGAGCAUUGAGGAAGCCAGCACGAAUGAGUUUCUGGCAAGUUUGUAUCGCAAGCAGGAAGCCAGGAUCCAAGCGACUGGACAAGGCGCUGGUGAUGGAGGAGGUGAGGAUGAAGAUUAUCCUGAAGAGUAG